AUGAUUGCCAAAUCCUUCCUUUUGCUGUUAGGCGCGGCCUCCGCCUUCGCCGACGAACAAAUCCCCAUCGGCGCGAGCUCAGUAUGCCUGGCUUCCUCUACUCCGAAUGACUGCUGCUCUGGAGGAGCAACAUCUGGCGAAGUUUCCAUCAAUGAGCGCACCUUCAAGUUUACUUGCGGGUCGAGCUUGAUAUCUCUCAGUCCCAGAAAUCCCCAAAAGGUUGACAAUGCCCAUGCUUGUGCGUCACUCUGCGCAGAUGACGUGUCUUGCGAGGCAUCAGCUUUCAAAUCAUCUGGCAAGCCUGGUCGCGGCGGAAAUAAUUGCUUCUUUGUGAUUGGUGACAACCUCGACCAGAAGCCUGAUUCAGAUUGGAUUUCUUUUACCGAAGUACUUCCAAGCUGCCUAGAGUCAGAUGACCCCAAUGCCUGCUGUUCCGAUCCAUCAACGCAAGAAGCCGAAGUCUUGAUCGACAAUGUCCGCUGGAAAUGGACCUGCAAGUCAAUUCUCCAGUCGCUGAACAGCAAAGGCAAAGCGGUGCCUAAUGCUCACCAGUGUGCCUCUCUUUGCGCAUCACAGGGGUGUGACGCAAUCUCUUUCCGAACAUCAGGCACUCGGAAAGACACCUGCUACUUCGUCCAAGGUGACAAUAAGGAUCAAAAGGCUUCGGCUACAUUCCUCUCACUCGUGAAAGUCGUGGAUGAUAUUGUUGAACCCCCUAUCCCUGAUAUCCCUGAAACUGGAUGCGAAGAGUGCAACAAGGAAAAGGAUCUAUGCAUUGAAGAAAAAGAGGAAAGCGUUAAAGAAAACGAGAAAUGCAAAGAAGACCUCGAACUAGCCGAUCAUAACCUUCAAGUUUGUCAAACCAACCAGGUGGAUCCUGCCAAAUUGACGCAGUGCGAAAACGACAAACUUGCGUAUCAAACCGGAGAACAAGAUUGCCGUCGGCACUCUGACGAGGUUGAAGAAAAGAGAAAACAAUGUCGCGCAGAACAACAGAAGUGUGAAACAGAGAAGGGCACCCUCAACAUUGAAAAGCAGCAGUGCGAGAAUGAUAAGAACAGUCUGAACAUGGAGCUCACUGAAAUGGACGAUACGGUCACAUCGCUCAAUUCACAGAUCACGUCGCUUAACACCAAGCUGGAGGCGCUUCAGCUGUCAUACGAUGCUCUCAAUGUCGACUGCAAUGGUGAAGGGGCGAAUGGAAAAUGUCGCACCAAUCUAUAUGAUGCCGAGCCGCGUGACGAUCAAUGUAUCAUCGCCGCUGGAAAUGAGAAAUUCAAGAUCCACUACGCGAAGCUUGAUGAUGAAGGUGCAUCCGACUUGGGUACUGGAAGAGCGAACUCUUUCAAGCACUGCGCCGAGAAGUGUGCCAACUACAAGGGUUCCAAGAAGUGUGUGCGAUUCAUGUGGAACACGGAUGGCCAAGACAGGGCCUGCUAUAUGCGAUCUCAGGGACGGGGCUUGGUUCCCACUAAGUCCUCGAGAUGGAGUUCCGGUCAGCUUCUCUGA